CAAAAUCCGCAGGCGCCGCCCGUCCACCCGCCUUCCCGGCCACUUUCCAAAUUUAUUUCUCCUGCUUUCUGGGCGACGUGACUAACCACCACUACCACCACCACCUUCCUGCCGCCUCCCGCCUUGACCCAAAACCCUUCCCCAAACAUCUCUCCAUCACCGCCUCGCCUCCUUAAAAGGCAGGCUUUCUCUGUUCCUCGACCUAUCGUUUUGUUUCACUUUCGGACUUGGAUUCGGACUGGCUUCUCUUGCUUCCGUCCGAUAUCCCCCAUUGACCCGGACCGAGACGAAGGCGCAGUCGCGAAGAGAGUCUCGUCACUCUCUCGUCACCGCUCCCCGGCUGCCAACAUGGACAUGGACAUGCCCCCGGCGCCGACGCCGCCUGUCAACAGCAUGAACAUGGGAGCUUCCAACUCGGAUCGCACUGCCAAUUUGCUGAACCUGCUCAAGUUCAGUGGUGCCUCGCAAAUGCAGAACCAGGCUGCGCGCGAACAGGCCCAGCAGCAUCAGCAGCAGCAGGCCCAGCAGCAGUACCAGCUCCAACCCCAGGAGCCCCAGCCCCAGCCUCAGGCCCAGCAACAGCAGUAUCACCCACAGAACCAGUAUGAGUUCCAGCAGCAUCAGAUGCAGCAUCAGCAGCCGCAUCCCCAGCAGCAGCAGCCUCAACCCCUGCCGUCCACGGGCAUACCCCAGGCUUUUCCCGCUGCGAUUCACCAGCCAGCUCCCGCCGCGCCCGACCCGACCGGUAUUUUGGCUGCUCUGAUGCGAGGUGCACACGAGGCCGACGAGCCCAAGCCGGCCCCGCCACCUCCCCAGCAAGCCUCGAGCUCGUUUGGCAACGGCUCGCCUCCUCCCGAUACGCGAUCCUACUUGCUCAACCUCCUCAAUCGCCCCAAGCCUAGCCAGGGCGACCAGACGAUGAUGACCGAGUCAUCUCGAUCCGACAACUUGACUCCCCAGUCUCCGGAGAACACUGCGGCUCAGCCUGCUCCCUACCAUGGGCAAUACCAGCAGCAGCAGAUACACCCUCCCCAGGCCAUCCCCUAUGCUGUUAUGCAGUACCAGGCCGAGCAGUAUGCUAAGGCAAACCCUCAUGGUUAUGAGUACUCGUCUCCCCCUCGGGAGGUUCAGGAACCUCAGCCUCCUGCUGAAGUUUCGGCUCUGUACCAGCAACUCAUGGGUACCCUCUCUCAGUCGUCGAUGAACCACCAGCUCCAUGGCCAACUCAGUCAGAGUCACCACUCCCAGAGUCACCAUUCUCAGAGCCACCACUCCCAGUCUCCCAAUACGGCUGCCUCUUUCCAAAUCCUUAAGAAGGAUUCGCCAGCUGGCUCGCAGCACUAUGACCAGACUGGAAGUCACCCGACAUCGCCCAACCAAAUCCGCCGCAAGGCCACCCGCACCUCGUCGCUUCACUCGCACCCCUCGGUCAAACAGACCCCUCCCACUUCCGAAUUCGACAGCUACGUGUCUGUUGAGAAGAACAAGGAGUCGGUCUCCGAGGCCCUUAGCGAUGUUGCCGACAAGGACGACCACGAUGCCCGUGAGGCCCUGGAGCGAGCGGAGCAUGAGCAGGUCCAGGCUGAGAUUGCCGAGGACCUCGAUGCAAUGGAAAACGCCAAGUCGGAAAAGGAAUUUGAGGAAAGCGCCCAUGCUGCUGCCCUGGCUAUCCAGGCGGAGCUCGACCUUACGGAGAACGAAGGUGUCCUGGAAGAGGCACUCCCCUCUGAUGUCGCAGAGACCGUUCGAGAGAUCGUCGAUGAGGCUGCGCAGGGUGUGGCCGACAGCUGGGAGAGUGCCGAUCAAGAUGAGAUUGUUGUCAUCGAAGAAAAGGAACCUCCUCCUGUCAAGGUGUUCAACUUCCCCAUGAAGCCAUGGAUCUCCAUCACGCUUCAAGAGGAGGGCACUGAGCCACGCCCGCAGUUCCGCGACGAGACCAUUAUGGAUAUCGCUAGACUCAAGAAGGAAUUCGACCAGAUCGACCGGAAUCUGUACACGGCUACGGAGAACUACAUGACCUACGGCAUGUCCAAGCAGGGGGGUCUGCGUGUCAUUCGCCAGGAGGAUGGCAAAGACGCAAAGAUCUUUACCGACACAAAGGACCGCAUUUUCAACGUGGCCAUGUCUGUUACACCCUCGGACCACGACGGCUCCCACCGCGAGGCCAUUAUCGGUACCGGUAUCAGCGGCACCGUCUACUGGGUCCAGAUCAGGGAUGGCGAAAAGGACCACAUCGAGGAUGCUCAUCUCGAGCAGUACGGUUUUGCCCUGCCUCCCAUGAGUUCCCAGGAGGGCGAUGCCCCCGGCGGUGUUCUCAAGACGCGCGCCCGCACCUCCACCAACCACCCCGAGUACUUUGCCGUUGGUCGCGGCAAGUCCAUCAACCUCAUCUGGCCCUCGUACAUCUUGCAGAACAACCUGCUUAAGCCCGGCCACGACCGCGUUGUCGACACCGAGACGCUAUCCAAGCAGUGCUCUCUCAAGAUCAACACGGGCAAGGCUGGCAAGGAUUUCACCUUUAGCCAGGACGACUCCGUCAUUGUCUCCCUUGACAAGUCGGGUCGGGUCAAGUUCUGGGAUGUUCGUGACCUGACCGCUGUCAAGGAGGGCUCCGACCCGCGCGCGCCCAUGCCCGCGCAGACUUCUCUGGAGGUCAAGGAGCCCCUGAUGACUUUGGCCAGCACCCCUGAGGGCGAGAAGGCCUGGCCCACGUCGGUCAUCCUCCUCGAUAAGCAGCGCCCUUACCAGAAGCGAUGCGCCCUCCGCUACAUGAUUGUCGGCAUGAAGCAGAACCACACCCUCCAACUGUGGGAUCUGGCACUGGGCAAGCCUGUCCAGGAGUUCAACCUUCCUCACAGCAAGGAGUCGGAUGCCGUCUGCAGCGUCAUGUAUCACUCGGCCACUGGCAUGCUCGUCAUUGGUCACCCCACGCGCAACUCGGUGUACUUUGCGCACCUGUCGGCUCCCAAGUACAAUCUCAAGAGCGUCACCCAGGCCGAAUACAUCCAGCGCCUUGUUGCACAGGACGCCUCCAUCCCUCAGCCGGAUAGUACCGCUGUCAUUAGCGGAGUGCGAGAGUACUCCUUUGCUAACCGCGGUAUCCUACGCAGCCUUGACAUCCUGUGCAACCCUGCCAUGGUUCAGGAUGCUGACGAGCCUACUCUGUUUGAGCUCUAUGCCAUGCACUCCAAGGGUGUUGCGUGCCUGCUCAUCAAGCAGAACGAGCUCGGAUGGUCCAAGGACAACAAGGUCCUCGACGCUGUCGAUGCUGUCGCCCAAGGCGUCGUCACAGUCUCCAAGCUCAAGUCGCCUCAGCCGGCAGAGGCAAACGCCGAGGCUAUCCCUGUCCGCGUCGUCAACCGUGGAGUUUCUAAGGAAUCUCUCCAGGCGACUCCCGCGCCAGUUGAUACGCCUCAGCGUGGACCCGAGUCUGUCACUCCCGUCAAGGUCAAGAAUGAGCCGAAGGAGGCUGAGACGCCUGCUCAACCCGCCAAGGAGUCGCAAUCUCAAUCGCAAUCGGAGAAGCCUGAGCGCAAAUCGCGCAAGAAGAAGAACGCCGCCAAGGAGGAAACCACCACCAACGGGGCCACCCCUCGUGCUGGCAAGGAGCCCAAGCCUGCUCCUGUCGCUGCCGCCACCGUGUCUCAGGAGGCCUUUGACCUGGCCAUCUCUGGACUUGAGUCUCGCCUAAGCUCUAGCAUGUCAGAGACUCUCAAGACCAACCUCAAGAACCUCAACACCAAGAUUGACGACGGUGUUCGUGUUCGCGAUGAGAACUUCAACCAGCACCAGCUCAAGCUGCUCGACAUGGUUUCAGAGGUUCUCAACGAGAACACUCAAAAGGUACUAGAGGCUCUCAUCCACCACGAGUUCACCGAUUUGGUGAUCCCCGCCAUCGGCGACAAGGCUGGCAAAGCUGUUACCGACUUGCUUAACAACAAGCUGCAACCGCAUCUGUCUUCGUCUGUCCAGAAGGAGAUUCAGAGCGCGCUCCCCCAUGCCCUCAGCCGAUCUCUGCGUUCGGGUGACUUUGUCAGCGCCAUCUCGGACCGUGUCAGUUCUUCUGUCGCUUCCAGCGUGCAGCAGGAGGUUCUGGCCACUCUGACCCAGCGACUCACCCCGACCUUUACGACUAUUGCUACCCAGGCUUCCCAGCGGGUUGCCGGCGAGCUUCACCAACAGUACCAUGAUCAGUUUGAACAUAUGAAGGCCCAACAUGUGGCCGAUGCUACCAAGAUCGACCAGCUACUGUCUUACGUCACCCGUCUGACCGAAAUGGUGUCGAGCAUGGCGCAGUCGCAGUCUUCGUUGCAGGCCGAGUUCCUCAAGUUCAAGCAACAGCCCCCUGUUCACGAGCUCCCUGGCGUUCCUGGACCCCAGCACACCGGCCACGGCCAUAUGGGCCACUAUGGCAGCAACAUGUCCCAGAACAUGUCCCAGAACGCGCCCAGCCAUGCGAGCUUCCCUCAGAGCCAGGCCCCGAGCAACCAGCAGUACAUGGGCAGCCCCCAGUACGUGCGAGGCCCUCAGCAGCAACAGCAAAUGAGCAGUCCUCAGGGCUCCGCCCAGGCCUCCGAAUACGUCGCUCCCUCCAACAAUGUCAAUGCACUUGCUGGUGCCUACGCGAAUCAGAUGAACAAGUCAGAGCCGGAGGCAGACCACGACCUACUUCAGCGAAUUCGAAUUGUUGAGCAGGCUAUCCAGGAGGGUCGCUACCAGGAGGCCAUGAUUCAGUGGAUUCAGAGCGGUCGUGAGGAGGAAAUUUUCCACCGAAGUCUCAGUCGCUUUCCGCCAUCCAAGUUUGAGAGCCUCCCACCUCUCAUGUUGCUUGUCGUCAUUGCAACCAUCUCCAAGGACCUCCGGCCCAACCCGCGUCUCAAGGAGGAAAUUGAGUGGAUCGAAAUGGCUCUACGAGCCUUUGCCGAGAACCUUCCCGCUUUCGAAUGGGAGCAGCAGGGUGCUCGUGAUGUGAUGAAGAGCACUUCCCAGACGAUGCAACUGCUCAUUGGUCGUGUCCAGCCUCUCAUUGGUGGCAUUCAAGACGGUUUCCCGACCGACCCCUUCUUGGUCAACGUCGAGAAGGCCAAGCUGGAGUGGGUUGUGCGAACCUCGGAGCAUAUCCUCGAGACAUUCAGCCCGAGACGCUACGAGUAAUCGGCCGAUCUCGAUGACGGCUCAAGGUCUUUCCUCGGCUUGACUCACGUUCUGGUCAACGCCGACUUUGCACUUUAUGACUGAACGAUGUACAUCAGGUUGGAACAUCACAUAGGAGCAUUUGGUGACGUGGCGAAGUGCAAUCAUUGCAUUAAUAGUUGAUCUUUCAUUUGCGCGCCUUGUUUCUUCGUCGUUGGUUUCGUCUUGGGUGAUGUUCUGGACGGUUUGCGACGCGAUGCAAUGAUACCCCAAAGGGGGCGAGGAGUGUUUUGGAGGCGGAAGGAAAUGAUAGGUGUUUUUUUAGUGUAUGUUGAUAAGAGGGCGUUUAGAAAAGAAUGAGUUGUGGCGUUGA